AUGGCAGAAGGCGGGAACGAAUCGCAGGUACAAGGCAUGGCACAGAGGAAUUGUGCGUCAUGCUCCAAACCCGACACUCACGACGACAUGGUAGCAUGCGACAGUUGUGAUUCGUGGCAUCACUAUUCUUGUGUGAAGGUAGAUGAGCGCGUUAAAGAUCGGAAAUGGAAUUGUCCUUCCUGCGAACUCCGCGCCAAGCAAGGAGCAGAAAAUGUUUCAUCUGACACGGGAAAUAAGGCCCCGGAAUCGAAAGGUGCUAAACCAAAAGUUCCGGAAUUAAAAAGUGUCAAAUCGAAGGCACCAACAAUACCAACUGAGACACUUACUCUCCGGGUGAAGAAGCUGACAGCGAAGUCUACGACCGGCAGUAAAGUCACUCGGAAGUCGAAGGUCAAUGCUGGUGAACCAAGCAUCACUUCCAGUGCAAGAGCUCGUCUGGAGCAGGAGCUAAAGGUGUUGAACGAGCAACAGCGUGUUCAGGAAGAAGAACUGGCGGUCGAAAAACAGAUGAAAGAUCUACAGCUGAAGCAGGAAACGGAGUUGCGAGAGAUGGAGUUGGCGUACGAAGCAAAGAAAAUAGCGGAUGCCAAGGUUCUAAUGGAGAAGAAAGUGGCAUGUGAAGUAGAGUUUCGUCGAAAACAGAUGGCCAUUCGGAAGCAAUCGGCUGAAGAGAAAGCAAAGCUUAUUAGACAGGCAUCUGAGUACGGUAGUAGCAGGGCAAGUGUAGGAGUUAGUGAAACUGAUUCUAGGGAGAAAGUUGUAGACUGGCUAGAAAAGUCGAAUCAGCAGAUAGAGGGAACGAAUCAAGGUUCCACGUUAGCAAUCGACCCAGUUCCAGUAGUAUUCCCAAAUCCAAUCACUAAUAACCAAGUGAUGUCCAAGAAUACCGUUACUCUCCCUCCAGUGAAUGUUAAUGUCAUUCCUGCGGGCAGGAACCCCUCCUUAAGAGCUGCUUCGCGUUCUCUCGCCAGUAAUAAUGCAGUGCACGAAACGAAUGUUCACACCGAAGACAAUCGUAAUCCGGAAAGUAGUGGUAACCAUAGUAAUUCCAGACAAACAGAACAGAGAAAUACGAUGGGAAAUCCAAAUCCGCAAGAUGUGUUUUGCGACGUAGUCGGACCGCAAGAGAGCGUAGCGGGAUCAGUUCAGGGACAGAUUGACGUUAAUUGUACAAAUAACCCGACAGUGAAUCAGCAUCGUACCAACUAUGAUGGCCCAACGAGUAGACAGUUGGCAACCAGACAGGUGAUGGGGAAGGAUUUACCCAUAUUUGCAGGUAAUCCGGAGGAAUGGCCGAUAUGGAUCAGUAACUUUGAGCGUUCGACCUCCACUUGCGGUUUCUCGUUGGACGAGAAUCUCAUUCGGCUGCAACGCUGCUUAAAAGGCCCAGCCCUCGAAGCAGUACGUAGCAGAUUACUGUGUCCGGCUAGCGUCCCACAUGUUAUUCGAACACUUGAAAUGCGGUACGGGCGUCCUGAAACGCUUAUACGAGCAAUGACGGAGCGUAUUAAGAAAUUACCUCCUCCGAGGGUUAACGAUCUCGACAGCAUAAUUGAAUUCGGACUGGUGGUCGACAACUUGGUGGAGCAUAUUAAAAACUCAGGACAGCAUAAUCAUUUAUCGAAUCCGUCGUUGUUAUACGACUUAGUGGGCAAGUUGCCGGUCGACUAUCGGCUAAAAUGGUCGGCAUAUAAAAGUAGCUUACACAACGUUAACCUCGGUUCGUUUGGUGAGUUUAUGGCGACUCUAGUGGAACUAGCAUAUGAUGUAGCGGAUGAUUUUCCCACGAUGAAGCAAAAUAAAACGCAGAGGCAGAAAACCAAGGAACGUGUUUUGGUACAGACGCAUUCGGAGACGUCAUACGUGAAGAAGGAAUCGAACAGCGGCGCUUCAGGACUGCGGAAUUCCAAGAAACCUUGUGUGGUCUGUAAAGUGGAAGGACAUCGGGUAGUAGAUUGUUGCAGGUUCAAAGCGAUGAACAUCGAUGAGAGAAUGAAAGUUGUGAACCAGAAUGGUAUGUGUAGAUCAUGUCUGAAUCAACAUGGCAAAUGGCCGUGUAAGACAGCGAAAGAAUGCGCUAUCAACGAUUGUCGGCAAAAACAUCAUACCCUCUUGCACGCACCAAACGCAGUGCAAGCAGCUAUUUCGUCAAGCCAUCUUAAGGAUCCAAGGACUGGACCACUAUUCAGGAUCAUUCCAGUCACGCUCUAUGGGAACAACUGUCAGGUAGACAUCUACGCGUUUGUCGACGAAGGCUCGCAAAUUACGCUGCUUGAGGAUGCGGUUGCCAAACAGCUUGGAUUAAAUGGAACUUCCGAGCCACUGAGCUUACAGUGGACUGGAAAUAUUAAGCGGAGUGAACCGAAAUCAUACAGAGUCAACACUGAAAUUUCCGGAGUCAGGAUGUCGAAGCGAUUCAAACUGGUAGAUGCGCGUACUGUUGGUGGACUGCUAUUACCCUCGCAAACGAUGAAUUACCAGGAGCUAUCUGGCUGGUAUCCGCACCUACGUGGAAUACCCCUGCAAAAUUUUGAAGAAGUAUCACCUAAACUCUUGAUCGGUCUUGACAACCUGAAGCUCACUGUUCCAUUAAAAAUCCGAGAAGGCGGAUGGGAGGAUCCCAUCGCCGCCAAGAGCCGUAUUGGGUGGAGUGUUUAUGGAAGCUCCACAAAACCUUUAUCGAUGACUAUUUGUGGGUUUCACGUUGGAGGAUGGACCGAUCCAGAGCAAGAAUUGAACCAACUUGUACGCGACUACAUUACGCUGGACAAUACCGGAGUAACAUCGCCCUCUACUCUGCUAGAGUCCGAGGAAGACAAGCGGGCGCGAUUGCUUUUGGAGUCAACCACUCGGAGAAUCGAAGGUGGAUUCGAAACUGGCUUGCUCUGGCGUUGGGAUGAAGUGCGAUUUCCUAACAGUUAUGGUAUGGCCUACAAGCGGCUGCGUUCUCUCGAGAAGCGGCUCAGUAAAGAUCCUGACAUUUACGAACGGGUUCGCCAGCUAAUACGUGAAUACGAAGAAAAAGGAUAUGCGCAUAAGGCGACGCAACAUGAAUUGUCAACAACAAGUCAUGACCAAUGCUGGUAUCUGCCUCUAGGGAUCGUCAUCAAUCCGAAGAAGCCCAAAAAGCUGAGGAUGAUUUGGGAUGCAGCUGCUACGGUCGAUGGCGUUUCCCUCAACUCCACUUUACUAAAAGGUCCUGAUUACUUGACAUCCCUACCAACGGUUGUGAGCAAGUUUCGCCUAUAUCGAUUUGCGUUGACCGGUGACAUCAAGGAGAUGUUCCACCGAUUCUUCAUACGGGAACAAGAUCGUCAGUGUCAGAGGUUCUUGUUUAGAGAUCACCCGGAUCAAGAUCCAAUCGUGUACGUCAUGAACGUAGCCAUCUUCGGGGCUACAUGCUCCCCGAGCUGCGCUCAAUAUAUUAAAAAUUUGAAUGCCAAGGAGUUCGAAGCAGAAUGUCCUCGCGCAGUAGCAGCUAUAGUUCAUCACCACUACGUGGACGACUAUCUCGAUAGUUUCGGUUCGGUGGAAGAAGCAGUGAAGAUAGGAUGUGAGGUGAAAACGAUUCACUUGGAAGGUGGAUUCGAAAUUCGAAAUUUCCUCUCGAACGAUACGAGAAUUGCAGCAUUAAUAGGAGCUGAGUCCGCGGAUGCGGAUAAGGAUAUUCGGACCGAAAAGGGAGAACAAAUCGAGUCCGUGCUAGGAAUGAAGUGGAUAACCAGCAGCGACAGUUUCACUUACACCGUAAAUCUACCAGAGAACCUCAAAUACGUCUUGGAGGAGUCGCACAUUCCAACGAAGCGAGAAAUUUUGCGGACAGUGAUGAGUUUCUUUGACCCAAUGGGGCUAAUUGCUUACUUUUUGAUCCAUGGCAGGAUCCUUAUGCAGGAUAUAUGGGCAACUGGUAUUGGAUGGGAUGAUCGAAUCAACGAUAAACUGUGGAUGCAGUGGAGAAAGUGGGUUGAACUCAUACCUAAGCUCAACACUCUUCGCAUUCCGCGGUGUUAUUUUUCUGACGCCGUUGUAGAAAGCUAUUCAUCGCUGCAAGUACACGCUUUCGUUGACGCAAGCAAAUCUGCAUACGCUUGUGCCGUGUAUUUUCGGGUCGACACUCCAAAUGGUCCUGCCAUCACCCUUGUAGCGGCAAAGUCAAAGGUAUCACCGUUGAAAAUGUUAACGAUUCCACGGCUUGAGCUCCAGGCAGCCGUUUUGGGAUCUCGAUUUCUCAAUAGUAUCAUAUCCAUGCACGCUAUACCAGUGACGAAGCGUUUUCUGUGGACGGAUUCAGCCACUGUCUUGGCCUGGAUCCGAUCGGAUCAACGCCGGUAUCACCAGUUUGUGGGAUUCAGGACAGGUGAAAUAUUGUCGACGACCGACGUUGGCGAGUGGAGGAAGGUUCCAUCCAGACUGAACGUUUCAGACGACGCUACGAAGUGGGGAUCAGGGCCAAAUAUUAGCUCUGACAGUCGUUGGUUCCAGGGGCCAGAUUUUCUGCUGCUUUCCGAAGAGUUAUGGCCAGGCAACAACGAAAUUAUCGAACCUACCGAAGAAGAAAUGGUUUUCUGCAACGUGCAUCAAUCGAUUAAACUCCCAUUGGUCGACGUUUCAAGGUUCAGUCGUUGGGAAAGACUUCACAGAACGGUGGCCUACGUUCACCGCGUUUUCUGUAAUUACCAUCGCCACAAACGUGACGAAAUGCCGGAAGAGGGACCUCUAACCAAAGAGGAGUUGAAGAAGGCGGAAAUAACUCUGUGGCGGCAGGCUCAAGAAGAGUUUUUCAUAUCGGAGAUCACAGUGCUUAAAGACACGAAAGGAGAUCCUGAGAAGCUGCAUGGAUCGAUAGCGAAGUCGUGCCCAAUUUUCAAGCUGUGGUCGUUCAUGGACGAGAACGGCGUCCUGCGCAAACGUAGCCGUUUAGGAAAUGCCGAGUGGAUAUCAUAUGGAACUAAAUACCCAGUAAUUCUUCCGCGUCAACACCGCAUAACAUUCAUCCUUGUAGACGCGUUUCAUCGUCGUUUUCGUCUCUCAAAUCGAGAGACCGUGGUAAACGAGCUGCGACAACUCUACGAAAUCCCGAACUUACGAUCUAUCGUUGCUGAGGUAUCUAGGAAUUGUAUGUGGUGCAAGGUCUAUAAUGCUCAUCCACGCGCUCCACCCAUGGCACCGCUGCCGAAGAUUAGGUUGACUCCUUAUGUACGGCCUUUUACAUACGUAGGGUUGGACUAUUUCGGGCCAGUCCUCGCAAAAGUGGGUCGUAGUAACGCAAAGCGGUGGAUAGCGCUAUUCACAUGCCUAACUAUCCGCGCUGUCCACUUGGAGGUUGUCCAUAGCUUAUCGACGCAAAGCUGUGUGAUGGCAGUGAGAAGGUUUGUUUCACGGAGAGGAUCACCAGCGGAAAUCUUCAGUGAUAACGCGAUGAAUUUCCACGGAGCGAACAAUUUGUUGGAAAAUGAGAUCAAAGAACGCAAUGAACGUUUGGCUACGGUUUUCACGAACUCUGAGACUCGUUGGUCAUUCAUCCCACCGAGUGCUCCGCACAUGGGUGGCGCGUGGGAACGGAUGGUGAAGUCGGUGAAGGCAGCUCUUGGGACCAUUCUGGACGCAGAACGAAGACCAGACGACGAGGUUUUAGAAACGGUCAUUGUAGAAGCAGAAGCCAUGGUCAACACGCGACCGUUGACCUACAUUCCACUAGAGUCAGCCAACCAAGAAGCUUUGACCCCUAAUCACUUCCUUUUAGGAAGCUCUAGUGGAGUGAAGCAGCUAUCAGCGAUGCCUGUUGAUCCUAGAGCGACUUUGAGAAGUGGAUGGAAGCUAGCACAGCACUUGUCAGACGGGAUAUGGAGGCGCUGGAUAAAAGAGUAUCUGCCGGUAAUUUCCAGGAGAUCCAAAUGGUUUGAUGAAGUGAAAAAUAUCGCCGAAGGAGAUUUGGUGUUGAUUGUUGAAGGCACUAUACGGAACCAAUGGAUAAGAGGGAAGGUCGAUAAAGUUGUACGAGGGAAGGAUGGAAGGGUCCGACAAGCCUGGGUGCAGACAUCGAAGGGUGUCAUCAGAAGGCCGGUUGUGAAGUUGGCGCUCCUCGACGUCGUAAAUGAAGGUAAACCGGAAACAGAUGGUUUACGAGCGGGGGAAUGUGACGUCGAGUACCCCUCGGCGACCACUGUAGAACAACUGUGGGAAUCUCCGCAACAUUCGGCUAGUGAGGCAAGUCUCUCUCAUCUGCGAAAUGUCAUCGAGUGA